AAAAGAAAAGAAAACACAAUUCACGCAUUUGGUUGCGAUAGAAAGGUACAAAUAUACAGUUAUCCGGAAAAUAGAGAUAAAGCCGAAUGCAGAAAGCAUGAUAUUUCCAGGCCGCCAGACACUUCUCCUGCUACUCUACAGCUAUAUGCCUCUCUCUCUCUCUACAUUUCUGUAUCUAUAUAUAUAUACACGCAAUGCAUGCUUCAACAGUCAAUUCAUUCCUCUGCUUCUCAAUUUUUCCAGAUCUCUCUCUUUUUUCAAUUUCGGCGAUUUCACCCACGAUUGCGACAAUUCGAUCGGAGAUCGGAGCAAUGGAGGUAGUAGCGAAGGACGUGCGAUCGGCGGCGGUGCGGAUCGUGGAUCAGCAGCGGACGGAUCUGGAAUCGGCGUGCGAGAAGGUGAGCGCGAUCGUCGCCGGCAACGCGGUGGUCGUCUUCACCAUCAGCGGCUGCUGUAUGUGCCACGUCGUCAAGCAGCUGCUCUUCGGCCUCGGCGUCGGUCCGACGGUCGUCGAGCUCGACCGCGAGGCCGCCGGCGGGCCGAUCCUCUCGCUGCUGCACCGCCUCGGCGGCGGAGGGAAGGCCGUGCCGGCGGUGUUCGUCGGCGGGAAGUUUCUCGGCGGGAUCGAGACGGUGAUGGCUUGCCACAUCAACGGAUCGCUCGUGCCGCUCCUCAAAAACGCCGGUGCUCUUUGGCUUUGAUUGAUUUGUGAUGCUUAAUUCAACUAACUUGUUUUAACUGGUGAAUUGGUGUUUGAUCAUAUAUAUAUGCAUGGAGGAUUUGUGUUAUGUUUAUGAGAUGGAUUGGUGACAUAUUUCAUGUACAUAUAAAUCAUGAUGCUAUUGAUUAGCCAUAUGUUGUCAUCCAUUGCCAAACUUUAUUAUCAAA